CGUGUGCUAGCUGAUUGUGAAGCAAAACUUGACGACGAUGUUUUACUUACAAAUGUAAAUCAAUGUGAAAAUAUGAAAGACUUGUUUUAUUAGAAUUAUGACUAAUAAUAUUUGUUUAUUAGAAUUCUCCAGUGAGGUUCUGGUGUAUAGGAAUGUGUGAUAGCUGAUUUCGUACCAGAACACUCAAUAUUUUACAUACAGAUGUAAGUUGGUGAAUGAAGUCUUCAGAGAAGAUUAUUAUUAGGUCCGUUGUGUUUGAGAUGAACUGUUUGUAUUAUUGACUCGGGUCUCUUAGCGUGAAGUGAAGUGUGGUUUGUUCCCGUGAAGUCUUAUCUGAUGGGACAAAGCGUAAAGUGAAGUCUGUUCACGUGAAGUCUUAUCUGGUGGACGAAGGAUGACCGAACACGUAUAUUGGAUGAAGAUAAAAUUGAAAAGAUCAAUUCUGGUUUUAAUAAGAUUGUCAUGAGCAGUUGGUCAUUUUGUUGGAUUCUCCGUGAAUUAGACAUCUUAAUCGGUUUGUUCGUGGACUUCUGUGUAAGGAUCGAAAAUGUUAGUGACAUACUACAACACCAACUUGUUGAAUGUUUAUUGAAGUGAAGAUGCAACUGGUGAUCAGAUAACAUUAAAUAGCUAAAAUUGUUUUUCCUGUGAACAAAUUUAUACGAUACUGGGACUAACAUUUAGAAAUUACAUGUACAAAGACCUACUUAUUAAAUUGUUUUUGUGUGAACAAAUUUAUGCGAUACUUAUUAGAUUAGAUAUGUUGAACCAGAAAAAUAAAAUGCUAGAAGUGAUCUCGUCUGUUUCGUGCUGAACUGGCUUCUUAAAUGAAGCCUGAUAGACUGUAAAGUCAUGAUUUGAUUCAAAUUGGAACGCUUGAAAUAAGAUUUAACAACGAAAUUUACAGCAGGGAAGUAACUACGUUAGAGAAGGCAUCAUGGGUAAUAAAAUGAGUGAUACGAUGGGAGCGAAGUUGACGCAGGUUGGAGAAUUUAUUGACAAGAAGAUAAAGAAGAACGAAGAGACUGGACACGAUCCUGUUGUUCAUGGAGUUAAACUUGAAGACAGAUUCUAUAACAACGACUCUUUUAAGAACCCCACAGUUGAUGCUGGUGAUCCUCAACAACAGGAUGCAGCUUUAAAAAUACAAACAGAGGUUCGUAAACAUCAGGCAUCAAAGGAAGUUUUAACCAUGGAGGAGGAACAGGCUGCUGUCAGGAUACAAGCUGGUUUCCGUGGUUACCAAGACAGGCAGGAAAUUUUACAGAAAACAAAUCCCGAAGAAUAUGAAAGACGCCAGAAAGAAAUUGAAGCUCGUCUUGCGGCUUCACAGAACACUGAAGAAGAGGAGGUAGAUAUUGACCUUAAUGACCCGGAAGUUGAAAAGGCUGCCGUUAAAAUACAAGCAGGGUUCAAGGGUUUCAAGGCCCGAAAAGAAGUUCAAGAUACACAGUCUAAGACUGAAGAAGAAAUCGACAUUGAUUUGACUGAUCCAGAAGUCAACAAAGCUGCCUUAAAAAUACAAGCAGGAUUCAAAGGACACAGGUCUCGCAAGGAAUUAAACGUCUUAAAGGGUGGCAAAACAACAACAGAGGAUGAUGAAUUAGCUGACAUAGAUCUCAAUGAUCCAGAUCUUGAUAAAGCUGCUCUCAAAAUUCAAGCCAGUUUCCGUGGUUUUCAAUCCCGUAAACAAAGGCCCGAAGUAAAAGAUGAGCCAGCUGCCCAAGCAGAAGAGGAAAUAGAUAUUGACCUCAACGACCCAGAAGUAGAAAAGGCUGCCGUUAAGAUACAAGCUGGAUUCAAGGGUUUCAAGGCCCGAAAAGAAGUCCAACAACCAACAAAGACGGAGGAGGUGAAACCAGAAACAACUGAAGCUGAAUCCAAACCAAAGACUGAAGAAGAGGAAGAAAUAGACAUAGAUCUUGAGGCACCUGAAACAGAAAAGGCUGCGCUUGCUAUCCAGGCCAACUUCCGUGGUUUUAAAGCUAGAAAAGGUAUGAAAAAGAAGAAUGAAGAAGAAGUCAAACCGGCGGUGGAAGCAAAGGUUGAAGAAGAAACCAAGGCGUCUGCGGAAGAAGAAGAAAUCGAUAUUGACCUCAAUGAUCCGGAGGUUGAAAAAGCUGCUACUAAGAUACAGGCCAGUUUUAAAGGUUUCAAGACACGAAAAGAGAUGAAAUCAAAAACAGAAGAUGGCGCCAAAGACGAGGAGGAGGUCAAAGACGAGGUCAAGGCUGAGGAAACAAAACCUGAUGAGGAAGAAAUAGAUAUUGACCUCGCUGACCCGGAAGUAGAAAAAGCUGCCUUAAAAAUACAAGCAGGGUUCAAAGGAUUUAAAACCAGAAAAGAAGUUCAGAGUAAAAAAGAUGUCGGAGAGAAGGAAGAAGGAGCUGGUGAGGAAGCGGGAGACGCAAGCAAAGAAGAUGAAUCAAAAACUGACAAGCAACAGUAAUUAGUGCCAAAUUUUUAAUUUGAUCAUUUUGUCACCCUUAACAGCAAAACAAGUUUCAUGUCACAGGUGAUUGUUUAUGAUAAUAUAUCGACAAAAAUUCCAAAAUAGGCUAAAACUUUAGUUUAAUUUCUUUUCCCAAAUCUAACCUUUACAUUUUGUGUUAUAUCAUCAAAAAGAUAUUUUUAGCCUAUUUUAACAUUUUUGUUUAUAUCGUAAAAGAUUUGAGACUUCAGACUCCUUUUGCUAUUACAGGUCACAUUUCAUUAAACCAUCUUGUACUAAACUUUAAGGUAAUAGUAGCUAGUUUCUCACAAAAUUUCUUUGUGUAAAGUCUGUUUUUGUUUUGAACAUUUGCACAACUUCUUUAACGGUAGCUUAAAAUGGUCUACUACAUAUGGUUUAAUGUUCAAGAGCGAGACAUUUAGUAAUGUAUUGAUACUGCCUGAGGACAUUAGUCGUAAAUGCUGUUUCAAUAUAUUACGUAAUAUCUUGCUCAAGACUAUUAAACAACUUAAAACACAGACACUAUCAAUGGAAUCGUCACACGAGUCCAUUAUUUCAUCUAGUAUAAAAAUAAUGUACAAUUGGCACAUUGUUCACGUAAGACGGCGGAGAGAAGCUAUUUAAAUUGUUGAUUGUUGGAGACUGUAUAUUUAUGUAGUGAAUUAUUCAUAUUUACAACGACGUAUUAUUUUAUAGGAUGAUUUACCAGUAUUUCAAGCCCCCUGUACAGUGAUUUUUUUAAUUGAUUUUAAUUUAGAAGAAUAUACACUAUAUUUUAUAUAUAGCAAGGUUCGAUAUCUGUUGUAUCAGAUUUAGAUAUAGAGAGGCCCUAGACUAUUCCAACUAGGCCAUGAGGCCCCUCUCAAACACCCACCCUCACCACAAGAGGAGGAAGCUAAUGACGGAUAUUUCAGACUACAGUGCGUAUAAGAAGGGCUUAUUCCAGUGUCAAAAAUAUUAUACACAAUUGGCCAGAGGUCCCCUAGUUCUCGAGGCCUUAGACAUCGGCCUGGCAAGCCUAUUGGUAAAAUCUGCCUCUGCCAGUAACUAAUUAAUUUUGUUCUAUUCUAUAUAGUAUAAGGGGGAGUGGGUGGCCGUAUGGUUAGCACGUGCACGCUGUGUGUCAUAAGAUCUGUCUUUGAGUCAACGUGACAAGAGUAUGGGCGCCUGUUCAACCUCAUGGGUUUUCUCCGGGUCUUCCGGUUUCCUCCUAAUGCUAAAGACCCCUACGCGCAAGUGAAUUAUUGAAAUACAAUAUAGAAAUCAUAUGUUAGGCCCGAAAUGACCUACAAAAGAUAAUCCAACCUUGCUAUAAAUAUUUAAUGAAUAACCACUCACUUUUGUUUAUAGUUAUAUAUACAUGUAUAUAUAAACCAAGGUAGAUAACUCUAGUAUAACCUAAUGACACGUAUGUGUGAAGGUGAAGCGCUUGGUAUCUAUGCAUUAUGUACAGUGUAUUUUAAGCAAUUAUCAUGAUAAAUUUUAUCUUUACACAUUUACAUCAAGCUGGGUUCACACUAGCAGUUAUUUUCUUAGUAAACAUCAGGCUAUGUUCACACUAGCAGUCAUUUUGUUAGUAAAAAUCAAGCUGGGUUCACAUUAGCAGUUAUUUUGUUAGUAAACAUCAAGUUAUGUUCACACUAGCAGCUAUUUUGUUAGUAAACAUCAAGCUAUGUCAGUCAAUUUACAUAUAUAUGUGAUAAUUAUAUACAUCAAAAUUUUAAUGAAUGGCAGAAUUUUAAAGUGAUAAUCCUAGACUAUCAAUUUAUUGGUCAGAUCGGUCAACAUUGAAAUUGUUCUGAUUUACUGACAAUUGGUGAACAGUUUUCAACUGGCAAUAGAAUACUGGUGUAGAAAGAUUGUGUUCACUAUUCACUUAGGUUCAAACACACAUUUGUUACUUUUCACGUAGGAGCAUACUCCUGAUAUGCUGGAUGAUAUUAUAGUCAACUAAACUUUAAUACUUUUCAGCAAUAUUGAGUCUAGAAUUGGAGGAGCUGGAUAGGUUUUCAUAAUUCUCAGUAAUAUUGAGUCUAGAAAUUGAGGAGCGGGAUAGGUUUUAAUGCUCUAGUAUUGAACAUUCUUCCAUUUAAGGAAUUUAUUUAAACAUUCCACAAUAUACUGUUGACCUUUCACAUGAGCACUUUUGAGCUUUCACCUGUAUACUUUUGACCUUUCACCUUUAUACUGUUGACUUUUCACCUGAACACUUUUGACCUUUCACCAGUAUACUGAUGACCUUUCACCUGUAUACUGUUGACCUUUCACCUGAACACGUUUGACCUUUCACCAGUAUACUGAUGACCUUUCACCUGUAUACUGUUGACCUUUCACCAGUAUACUGUUGACCUUUCACCAGUAUAAUGUUGACCUUUUACCAGUAUAAUGUUGACCUUUCACCGGUAUACUGUUGACCUUUCACCGGUAUACUGUUGACCUUUCACCUGUAAACUGUUGACAUGUAUUUAAUUGUAACUGUGAUAACAUGAAAUGUAUGUGUUUAUGAAGAAUGUAGACAUUAAAGUAUGUAUUAACUAAAAUAACAGACCAAAAAUGCUGUUGUGGCCAAAACCACCAAAUGGUUUGUCAAGAAUUGUUAUAAUUAGUAGGUGACUAUUGUAUGUUUCCAGGUAUUAAUUAUAUUUUAGAAAUCUUUAUGAAUAGUUGAUAAAUUGGCAGGAUAUAAAAUUAGUUUCUUCCGUUAAAUUACAUCACGUUCUAUAAACAGUGAAACCUUUCUAUUAAGACCACUUGUCAGAAUCCAGUCAAUUUGGUCUUAUUAGCUGGUAAUCUUUUUAGUUUGAACAGAAUUCAUAAUUUAGUCCUAACACAAACAGAACUGUUCAUUCCACAUUCAGGAAUGAAUGCUUCACUUUAUCCUGUGUUUUGUGAAAAUACAAUAUUGAGUUUUUAAUUGAUACUAACAUGAGAAUUGGAGUAAUUACCAGAGGUUGUUUUAUAAACUAGAUUUACACCCAGAUUUUAGCACUUAAUGAGAACAUAUCAUAUUAUACCAUGGCUAGCAUUAUUAUAAACCUGUUAUUUAUUAUAUAGUUAUUUAUUUCUAGAUCCUUGUACAUCAACACAAUAAAUCUUAUAAUUAAAA